AACGCCUCCCAAUGCCUCCCAAUACGUCUUAAAUUAAUGGGAUUAGAAACUCAUGGCAAUUCCUUUUUCGUAGUUAUUUUUUGAUAUCAAGGGUAGAGAGGUAAUUUAGUAUUAAGAUGAAUAUUUGUUUUAAUGCUAAAGAUGUUCAUCCUUAUUAGGGUACUGUUCGUUCAGUCGAGUUCACCACGCCAGAUUGGAUCUGCGGCGCCUCGCUGUCCGACCGGCGGCGAUUCUUCACACGGAGAGGCCCCCUCGGGCGGGGGCGGCCAGGAUCCCCUGCCGGAUCAGCGCCGCGGACGAGCAGCGGCUUCCGGCGGCAACGCGGUGCGGGAGGCCAGGAUCCAAGCGCCCCCCCCCCCCCCCCCCCUGCCGGAUCAGCGCCGCGGACGAGCAGCGGCUUCCGGCGGCAAGGCGGUGCACCAGUGGUGGGCGACGCAGGCAUGGCAGACUCGAGCUCACAAGGUUCCAGGAUAAGUGCAAGUGGUCGUGGUGGCCGUGGGCUUCUGAGGUCGCGACCACCGGUGCCGUACAGAGAAGGUCCUCUAGUUUAUGAGCCCACCGUGGUGUGUAUGUGCAAUAGAAAGGUACCACAAUGGAUUUCUUGGAGUGAUGAUUAUCCAGGUCGGAGGUACUACAGAUGCAAUCGAGCAAGGACUGUUGGGGAUUGUGGCUUCUAUGUGUGGUAUGAUUCUGAGCACACAACAUUUAUGAAGAUGUUACUUGUUGAUCUUCGUAAUGCUGUUUGGGAGUUGAGGAGCAAAGUGGAGGAGGUUGCUGACCUGAAGCAAAUCAAUGAACUGGUGUCUAGUGAGAAUGAAGAGAAGGGCUUAGUCCUAAAGGCACAAGAGCAGGAGCUGGAGGAGAAGAAUAAGCAAUUGGUAGUACUGGCUAACUGGAUCAGUUCAGGGAGUAGGUGUAGUUUAUUCUGUUGUGGCUUUGUAAUGUUGCUUGUUGGCUUGUUCCUUGGCAUGAUGUUAGUUGCCAUGUGACGUAUCCAUGUAAUGUGUCUCAUCAUUAUAUGGCACGUGUUCGAGGAGAAGGUUUUGGAUGUCCUGCGAUAAUUAAGUUAAAUAUUUGAUGUAUGGCAAUAGAUCAUAAUAUCAUAAUGUCCUUCGAGAUAUACAGAAGAUAAUUUUCUCUUUGCA